ACACGCAGACGCAGUAGAUGCACUUCUGUUCUCGCUUAUAUGCUUGACUUGACAUUUUAUCGAAGGAAGAUAGAUUAUAGUUUGUUGACUUUAUUAACUUACGUACAUUAACAAACAAUUCUUCAAAAUACUAAAAUGCCAUCUUCGAAUGACGACGACCCAUAUACUCAUGUUGCCAAAGGGCCUUUAAAAAUAAAAGGAGUUGAAUCGUCGGGAAAAAAAAAGAAGAAUAAAGAAUUUAAGAAGAUGGUUGAAGUUUCAAAAGUUGUUGAAGAACCCGAAGGGCAACAACAAGUACAAAUACAAAGAACAAAAGCUGAGAUGGCAUUUCAAAAAAUGAAGGAAAAAACACAAAUGGAACGCAUAAAGCAAAAGGCUGCUAAAACCCAUAAGCAACGUGUUGAAGAAUUCAACAGACAUCUUGAUAGUCUAACAGAGCAUUUUGAUAUUCCUAAAGUCAGCUGGACAAAAUAACUUGAUUAUUUGUUUAUAGAACUGCUACAUUUAAUCAUUUAAUUUAACUUAGUGUUUAAUUUUAUAUAUAUUGAAAAAUAUAUUUAAACAACUCUAUUUUGUAAAAAUGUAGAAAAGUAAUAUUCAAUUAAAUUUAAAAUAUCUUGAUUAUAUUUGAGAACUUUAGACAGAUUGGAAAAUACAGAUGUUGAUAAAAAUUAGUUAUUUAGAUAUAAUUAUAUACAUAUAUACUCUAUGUAAUAUUACUGUUUAGUAUUUCUUAGCUUAAGAUAACAAUAAAGUUA